AUGACCUUUCCCUCAAAGUCGCUCUUUAGCGUUGAUCAGAUUCCGGACUUGACAGGUCAAGUGACUAUCGUUACUGGAGGAAAUACAGGUAUCGGUAAAGAGACCUGCAAGGCGAGUAGGUUUCUACCCUGCGCAGCGUCCAUAUCUGAAGCCGAUCAAUUCAAGGUGCUCCUCCUCAAAAAUGCCAAAGUCUACCUCGCUGCCCGGAGCAAAGCCAGAGCAGACGAAGCCAUCCAAUGGCUAGAACGAGAAACAAACGGAAAAAGUCCUAUUUUUCUCGAGCUAGACCUUGCCAACCUCGAUUCAGUUCGGGAGGCUGCUGAAGAGUUCAUGAGCAAAGAGAAAGAGUUACAUAUACUCUUCAAUAAUGCAGGGGUUCUGGAACCUCCAGUAGAACUGCGAACAGUUGAUGGAUAUGACCUGCAAUUUGGGACUAAUACACUAGGGCAUUACUUUACCUCUUUACUGUUAACAACUUUGAUUCACACGGCCAGGAAUUCUCCAGUUGCCGGCGGACACGCGAGAGUAGUCACUACUUCAAGUAUGGCUGCUUUUGCUAUUUGGAAGGGUAGUAUUGUUUGGGAAACGUUGGGCACAGACAUGGCCAGCCAAAAAGCAUGCAAAAAGGCAGGGACCAGGUUCCUUUAUUGUCAGAGCAAACUAGGCAACGUGCUUUUUUCAAACGAAUUAGCCAAGCGUUAUGAGGAACAGGGAAUUGUAGCAUGCUCAGUGCACCCAGGAGUCAUACAAUCCGAACUCUUUCGAUAUGUACCGCGCUUAUUCGCGAAAGCCGUCGCCUUAAUCGUAUACCCUGCAAGCCAAGGUGCGCUCACCCAGCUUUGGGCCGGAACUAUGCCCGAGGGAUUGGAGCAUAACGGAAAGGCAAGUGGUUACUUGGGUUUUAGUAUUCCUUGGGCCCAAGUAGGAGUUAUGCCUCCAGGUGCCCGUGAUGGGAAAGUUGCAGAGAAACUGUGGACAUGGUUGGAGGAGCAAGUGAAGGGUCAUUGA